AUGAGGGUAAAGCGCAUCUUGAUAGAUACAGGAAGUUCAUCUGAUAUAAUGAGCAUGGAGUGCCUAAGCCGCCUAGCUCACGACCUUAAAACCAUAGAGAGCAUCCACUACCCUAUCAUUGGCUUUGGAGGAAGCAUCAUACAUCCAGUAGGCGUCAUCAACUUAUCGGUUCGGAUUGGAGGGCGGAAAGAUGGACGAAAGAUGGUGGUGGACUUCCUAAUCGUCAAAGAUUUAACGGCGUACAAUGUCAUUUUGGGACGUCCCACCUUGAACAAGAUUAAGGCAAUAGUCGUCACCCAUCUCAUGCUCCUGAAGUAUGUGUGUGACGAUGGGGCAAUAGGGACUAUACACGGAGAUCAACAACAAGCAAGAGACUGCUACCUCACAACACUUAACCCAUCAACAUGGAAGAAAGACCCUGCCGGGACCAGAGGCAAAAGGAAAUAUGAAGAGGAACCACCAACUCCUAGCGAGAGUAUCCCAGUUAAAAUAGAGAAAAGUGGCUGA